AUGUCGUCCCAGAACCCGUUCCCGCCGUCCCGUUCCGGACUGAGCUUCGAUCCGAGCCUGGUCGACAGCCGGCGGCCGCCGCCGCGGCAGGGCCGGGAUGCCAACAGCAACCUGGCCUUCCUCGGCUUCAUCAUGGCACUGCUGGACACCGUCAUCAAUAUCGUCUCAAUGAUCAACAACAACAAUAAUAACAACAAUAACAAUGAUAACAACAACAACAACAAUGACAACAACCUCAACAGUGUCGACGUAAAUAGCAUGAAUAUGAACAACAACAUGGUGAUGGGCAAGAUGUCGGGCUGGAGCUGGCUAGACGAGGUGAUGUCCUCGCGGCUGGAGGCGAUCUGGAGGUGGAGCAAGGCCAUCGCGCGGCACCACCCGACGUGCAUCACCAGGCUCGUCUGUGAAACGCAUCGGAUGAGCGACCACCACUCGGGCCUCACCUAUCUGGUGACCACUUUCCUAAGUUCGGCGUCCAGCUUCCUGUUAGCCGAGGCGUUCCAGCCGCAGCUGUCGCUGUCGGAUGUCACCGAGGCGGCGCGCUUCGGCCGCCAGCGGCACAACUGCUACCCGCUCCAGUGUCGGCUUCUGUGA